AAUAAAGCGACGCACAAAUAAAUAUAUAAAAAAGUGGCACUGCUGCAGCUGAUUAUAUACUACAUUGUACCGAACCUGUGUGUUUGCACGGGGACGUAACAGACUUUGUCAGACGCGGUCUGGUUUAGUGAUCGGCAGCCAGGCUCGACUGAGGGUAAUCGGCAGCAGCUGUCAUCGAAUCGCACCCGACUCGACUGACCUGGAUGUGGAACUGGAGUCAAGGCCGUAUCUCGCUUUAUUUUUGACGGACCGUGACAACCCUGCGAUAUAAACAGGGGAUGCUCGCAGUAGCGGCGGGGUAGCUAGCCAACUUUAUCAGCCGGAGGUUUCACCCGUGUUGCUCUUUUUCUCCAGAACACAUCCAUCAUGAAACAAUGAGCGGACUCGGGAGGUGCAUUUUUGUCCGGCUGAAUUAGUUUUCCUGCAUUGUGAAUAAUGGAAAAGAGGUGUCAAGAGGAGCAGGAAACAAUGUUGUUAUUAGCCAGUUAGCUAACGUUAGCUCAGCUAGCUGUUAGUUAACGUUAACUACAUCAAAUUAGUGGGCUGAGUUAGCCGAGCUAACUCAGCCCACUAAUUUAAAUAUACUCGCACGGUAUUGUAGUUUGUCUGCUGCCUAACGUCAGCCACUUGGAUAGAUUUGCUUAGUGACAGGUUUUUCCAGUGAAGCACUUCUGUCUUUCGCCGUUUACCCAUUUUCUGCUGUUAACUGAGCUAGCUAGCUAGCCAGCUGUGCCGAGUCUGCUGUGGUGUCACUGCAAUCUGCUGGCUGCUGAAAUCAAAUUGCAAACAUAGCUUUACUACUGUUUAACUGUCAAGCGGACGACAACCAUGGCUCAAGAAGCAUUUCCUCUGCAUUUUCUGGUUUGGAACAAUCAGUAUCUGGAGCUUGAUCGAGAGCUGCAGAAAAACGAGCAGGAUGUGGAGCGCCUCGAUCCGAGGGGGCGCACCCCGCUGGAGCUGGCCGUGUGUCUGGGCCACCUGGAGUCAACCCGGGUGCUGCUCAGGCACUCCUCAGACCCCACACACUGCAACGGACAGGGCUGGACCAUCUUGCAGGAGGCGGUGAGCACCGGGGACCCAGAGCUAGUGCAGCUGGUGCUUCAGUACAGAGACUUCAAGCGUGCCACUGAGAGGCUGGCCGGCAUCCCGGAGCUGCUCAGCAAACUGAGACAGGCGCGGGACUUCUACGUGGAGAUGAAGUGGGAGUUCACCAGUUGGGUGCCGUUGGUGUCGAAGGUGUGUCCCAGUGACGUCUACCGCGUGUGGAAGAGCGGCUCGUGCCUCCGUGUGGACACCACCCUCCUGGGCUUCGAACACAUGACUUGGCUGAAAGGGCGACGCAGCUACAUUUUUAAGGGUGGAGACGAUGGAGCCAUGGUGAUGGAGGUGGACCACGAGAAGCAGGUGGUGUACACAGAGCCACUCGUGUUGUCUCCUCGUGAUGCGCCCUCCCUCCUGGCGGCCAUGCAGCCAUCACAGGAGAACACAGCACAGAGACUCACGUCGCCCAUCGUUUCCACGCACCUCAACACACGCAACAUUGCCUUUGAACGGAACAAGUCUGGAAUCUGGGGCUGGCGUUCCGAGAAGAGUGAGGUGGUCAGCGGGUACGAAGCCAAGGUUUACAGUGCCACCAACGUGGAGCUAGUGACUCGGUCAAGGACGGAGCACCUAUCAGACCAGGAUAAGUCGAGGAGCAGAGGCUCAAAGACUCCUCUGCAGUCCUUCUUGGGGAUUGCUGAACAACACACAGCUCACAAUGGGAGUAAUGUGUCCCAGUGUGCCAGUCCUCACAACCCCACAGCCAUCACAGCCGAGGAGUACUUCAACCCGGAGUUCAACCUGAACGGCCGUGACAUCGGACGUCCCGUCGAGCUCACCAGCAAAGUCCAGAAGUUUAAAGCCACACUGUGGUUGAGUGAGAGUCACCCUCUGUCCCUGGCCGAGCAGGUGACGCCCAUCAUCGACCUCAUGGCCAUCUCCAAUGCCCAUUUUGCCAAGCUGCGUGACUUCAUCACCCUCCGCCUGCCGCCAGGCUUUCCUGUCAAGAUAGAGAUUCCCCUGUUUCACGUGUUGAAUGCCAGAGUGACGUUCAGUAACCUGUGUGGCUGCGACGAGCCGGUCAGCUCUGUGACGGUUCACAAACCAGAGAGCUCCGAGGAAGCUGGUGACUAUUGUCAGUCUCUGCCUCCAUUCCACUGCGAGGUGGACCCCUCGGUGUUCGAGCCCCCGGCAGACUACACCACCCUCGGUCCAGGACGCAGCGAGCCGAUGAGGGACGAGGAUGACAACCUGCUGCAGUUUGCCAUCCAGCAGAGCCUGCUGGACGCCGGCACAGAGAGUGACCAGGUGACCAUCUGGGAAGCCCUGACCAAUAGCCGCCCGGUGCCCCAGAGUCCACUGUACGAGGAAGACUCUCAGCUGGAGAGGGCGAUCCAGGAGUCUCUGUCCAUCUCACUGGCCAGCAGAGAGGGAGAGGACACGGCCGACCCCAGCCAGCCCUCCUCCGUCUCUCCGUCGGACCCCACCGCCAAUUCCCCGCUCUCCUACAGCACAGUGACCGACCCGCGGCUGUCGGGACACUUUGGUGUGGCGUCGAGUUUCGACGAGCAGCUGCGUAUCGCCAUGGAGCUGUCGUGCCGGGAGCAGGAGGAGAUAGACAGGCAGCAGAAGGAGGAAGAGGAGGAGCUGGAGAGGAUCCUGCAGCUGUCACUCACCGAGAAGUAAUGUCACAACAGCAAUGGAGCAGUGGUCUUCAUUGGGGAACAAUCAUCUUAAUUUAUUCUGUUUUACUUUUAUUUUUUUAAAGCUUGACAUAUUAAGUUAUUACAGAUAUUUUAUUUGUCUUUCUUACACGAAGGCUGCUACAACAGAGUGUAAAGGACCAGAACAUGAGAUGUGAAAAAGGUCAGAGGGGGGUGAAUAAGAAGAGGUGGAAACAGGUACUGUGAAACACACUACGGUGAAGGAGACAAAAGGGAGAGAGUCUUUGUUUUUCUUUUUUUAUUGACUAUUUUUCACAGUCUUGCUGUCUUUUAUUGAGUGAUGAAUGAUCCUUAAACUUUAAACCUAUAACAUGAUCCAUGAUAAUGAUGAAAAAUACGAGAAUACAAUCUUAAUGGAAUAACUUAUAAAAAUAUGAUUAUAACAUUUGAAAUGUUUAUGUUGGCUUACUCCUAUGUGUGAAAAAAUAAAGAGUAAUGAUCA